AUGUCAAGAAGAGGCUUACGAGAUGAAGAAAUCGAACGAUUAUUGUGUGAAAUUCCAUCAGACGAGGAUUCCACUGUUGACACCACAGAUGACGAAUCUGAUUAUGAAGCAAGCAUUGUUGCGGAGGCUAUUGUGUCGUCUGAAGGCGAAGUUUCAGAGAGCGAGGAAGAAAGUGAGUCCACUCCGCCAAAACGCGCUGCUGACACAGCGCCAACUUGGGGACAACAAUUCAAUGCUACCUCAGGAAUGCAGUUCGACAGUGAAUCAGGACCAAGUGCUUUUAUUAGGGACAUUGAUGAUCCAGAACCUAUCGAUAUAUUCGAAAAAAUAUUUCCAAAAGAGCUAGUUCAGCUAAUCGUUUUCCAAACAAAUUUAUAUGCGACGCAAUCUGGCAAGUCUUUCACUCCAACAACUGACAAUGAAAUACGAACUUUCCUGGGAAUCAACAUUUUGAUGGGUAUAAAGCGUAUGCCAGCAUACAGAGACUACUGGUCUAGUGCCCCAGAACUUCAUGAUCGUUAUAUUGCAUCUCUGAUGGCAGUAAAUCGGUUUGGAUGGUUACUGAGGAACAUUCAUCUGAAUGAUAACACAUUGCAUCCAGAAAAAGGACACCCAGGUUAUGACAAACUGUACAAGCUGCGACCAGUGAUCAAGAUACUAUCUGAAUCUUUUUCCAAGUGUUACCAACCCAGCAAACACCUAGCAAUUGAUGAGUCAAUGAUCAAAUUCAAAGGCCGCAACAGUAUGAAACAAUACAUGAGAGAUAAACCCAUAAAGCGUGGUUACAAAGUGUGGAUGCUGUGUGACAAGACCUCUUACAACUUGAAAUUUGAUAUUUACACCGGAAAAGGAGUGGCUGGUGUGGGCGUGGACCUGUCGGUGCAGGCAGGAGGACGUGUGUCACUGGAAGGCGGCUGUGAUGGCUGGGCGCGUGGCGCCAGUAGGCGGCGGUGGGACGCAUCGUGGCCGCGUGCCAGGCGCCAGAUAGUGGGAGUGGCGCGGCGUCGCGGGCGCGGAAGCGAAGAUCAUCGCGGCUCCGCGACAGGCAUUUCCGGCGCGGCCCUCGGCGACCAGUUGGCACCCGACCAGUUGCGGGAGGGCGUCGGGUUGCGCAGUGGCCAUCCAAAGGUCACGGAGCUCGACGUCAUGCAACACAGGUAG